UCUUACAGAGUCACUGACUCACUGAGCAGCGCGUGUGAGUGUCUGUGAGGGAGAAGGCAGAGAUGAAGGAGAAGUUUUGCUUCCUUGUGAAACUCAUAAUACUAUUGUUUUAAGGACUUUUUGCAAAGAUGACUGCUACUUUUGUUUAAAGUAUUUGUUCGGAAUUGCUGAAUCUGGAGUCUACCAGACUGAGGUCAGGAGCAUUUUCUUUGGCAGAAAGAAGAUACUUUUAGAGAAGCCAUGCCUGUGCUUGGGGUUGCCUCCAAGCUAAGACAGCCAGCCGUAGGGUCAAAGCCUGUUCAUACUGCCCUCCCGAUACCAAACCUUGGCCCCACCGGCACGCAGCACUACUCACCAAAGUCCUUGGAGCUUACCGGGGCAGAGAGCUCGAUGCUGUCUUGUCAGCUCACCUUAAAGUCAACCUGUGAUUUUGGAGAGAGGAGAGCGCUUCAAGGGAAAACCCAGGAGCUGGAAGAUAGCAAGAUUUACACUGACUGGGCUAACCACUACCUAGCAAAAUCUGGCCACAAGCGGUUGAUCAAGGAUUUGCAACAGGACAUUGCAGAUGGAGUUCUGCUAGCAGAAAUCAUCCAGAUCAUCGCAAAUGAGAAGGUUGAAGAUAUCAAUGGCUGUCCCCGGAGCCAGUCUCAAAUGAUUGAGAAUGUUGAUGUCUGCCUCAGCUUUCUGGCAGCCAGAGGUGUAAAUGUCCAAGGUCUUUCUGCAGAAGAAAUAAGGAAUGGAAAUUUGAAAGCCAUUUUAGGCCUGUUUUUCAGUUUGUCUCGAUACAAACAGCAGCAACAUCAUCAGCAACAGUACUACCAGUCUUUGGUGGAGCUACAACAGCAAGUACCUUCAUCUCCAGCAGAAAUCAGCCAGUCCAAAACACAAGAUAUGCAGUCGAGUCUCACAGCCAGAUAUGCAACUCAGUCUAAUCACAGUGGAAUUGCAACCAGUCAAAAAAAGGCUUCUAGGCUUCCAGGACCCUCAAGAGUGCCAGCUGCAGGCAGCAGUACCAAAGUUCAGGGAGCUUCCAAUUUAAAUCGGAGAAGCCAGAGCUUUAACAGCAUUGACAAAAACAAGCCUCCACAAUAUGCAAAUGGAAAUGAAAAAGCAGAUUCACCAAAAGGCCCUCACCCAUCUGCAGGCAUGAAUGGAAAUGUGCAGCAUCCCACCAGCACUGGGCAGCAGCAGGUCUCUGCCAUACCCUCUCCAAGUGCCAGCAAGCCUUGGCGCAGCAAAUCCAUGAAUGUCAAACACAGCGCGACCUCGACCAUGCUAUCCGUGAAGCAGCCCAGUCCUGCAACCUCCCCUACUCCAUCCUCAGACAGGCUUAAGCCGCCCCCUUCUGAAGGUGUGAAGCCCCCUUCAUCUGGACAAAAAUCUAUGCUGGAAAAAUUCAAGUUGGUUAAUGCUAGGACUGCUCUGAGACCGCCUUUGUCACUGAGCUCAGGGCCCAGUGACAGCGGGAGAGAGGAUGACGCCUUUUCAGAGUGUGGUGAGGUGGAUGUGCUAAGUGGUGGGAUGAACAGCAGUGGUUCCACAAGUAGCAGUCCUAAAGUAUCACCGAAGUUAACUCCUCCAAAAGCUGGAAGCAAAAAUCUCAGCAAUAAAAAGUCUUUGCUACAGCCAAAGGACAAAGAGGAAAAGAACAGGGACAAAAACAAAGUUUGCACUGAGAAAACUGUCAAGGAAGAGAAGGACCAGGUCACUGAAACAUCUACAAAGAAGAGCUCAAAAAUUGCAAGCUUAAUCCCAAAGGGAAGCAAGACAGCAACAGCCAAGAAGGAAAGUUUAAUACCAUCUUCUAGUGGGAUCCCAAAACCUGGAUCAAAGGUGCCAACAGCAAAGCAAAGUACUUCAUCUGCAUGUGUGGCAAGUAAGGAAGCUGAGAAACUGAGGACUACAAAAGGAAACCAGUCCCAACCAACACCUAAGUCCCAACUUAACGAGAAGGCUUCUCCUUCCUGUGGGCUUGCUUUUUCUGAAGGGAAAGAACCAAGCACUGCUCUCACCCCGGGGCCCUCCACAGCUCUGUCAGGCACAGCAACAAGCAGCGGCCAAAGCUCGGGGAAUGGUGUUGUCCAACUUCCUCAGCAACAGCAAUACAGCCACCCUAAUACUGCCACAGUAGCCCCUUUCAUUUAUAGAACUCUUUCAGAAAAUGACAGUACCUCUUUACCACCUGCUGAUUCCUGCACCAGUCCUACUAAAAUGGAUUUGUCAUUCAGUAAGACUGCCAAACAGUGCCUAGAGGAGAUAUCUGGGGAAGACCCUGAAACAAGAAGGAUGAGAACUGUAAAGAACAUAGCAGACCUGAGGCAGAAUUUGGAAGAAACUAUGUCCAGCCUUAGAGGGACCCAGAUAAGCCACAGCACAUUGGAGACAACUUUUGACAGCACUGUGACAACAGAAGUGAAUGGAAGAAGCAUACCGAGCUUGACAAGCCGGUCCACCCCAGUGACUUGGAGGCUUGGGCAGGCCAGUCCUCGGCUACAGGCAGGAGAUGCCCCAUCCCUGGGUGCCGGGUAUCCUCGCAGCAGCACGAGUCGAUUCAUCCACACAGAUCCUUCUCGAUUCAUGUACACCACCCCACUUCGCCGAGCAGCUGUUUCUCGCCUUGGAAAUAUCUCACAGAUCGACGUGAGUGAGAAGGGAAGCAGUGAUUUGGAUAUGUCCUCUGAAGUUGAUGCUGGUGGCUACAUGAGUGAUGGGGAUAUCCUUGGAAAAAGUCUCAGAACAGAUGACAUCAAUAGUGGGUACAUGACAGAUGGAGGACUCAACCUAUAUACGAGAAGUCUGAACCGAAUACCAGACCUAGCUACUUCUCGAGAUGUCAUUCAGAGAGGGGUUCAUGACGUGACCGUGGAUGCAGACAGCUGGGAUGACAGCAGCUCAGUUAGUAGUGGCCUCAGUGACACUCUUGACAACCUCAGCACAGAUGAUUUGAACACCACCUCAUCUGUCAGCUCUUACUCCAAUAUAACUGCCUCUUCAAGAAAGAAUGCUCAUGCUCAGCUGAAGACAGACUUGGAGAAGCGUUCAGUUACAGACAGCGAAACUUGGGGCAGCACUGAAGAGCUGAAGAAACCAGAGGAAGAUUUUGACAGCAACAUAGACAGCAGUGGCAAGUGGAAAGGCCUUCCCUCGGGGCUGUCUGAAGAGUCGGAGAAGGGGGGACAGAAAGCCCCCCUCUCACAGACGGGAUCCUGGAGGAGAGGAAUGACUACACAAGUGGGAGCCACUCAGUCCAGGCACAAAGCAGGGACCAGUGCUCUCAAGACCCCAGGAAAAACAGAUGAUGCAAAAGCUUCAGAAAAAGUGAAAACUCCUCUGAAAGGAGCCUCCAUUCAGCGCUCUCCAUCAGAUGCAGGGAAGAGCAGUGGUGACGAAGGAAAGAAGCCUCCCUCUGGUAUUGGGCGAUCAACUGUUACUGGGUCCUUCGGGUUCAAGAAGUCUGGGAUGGGAUCUUCUACCAUAAUCACUGCAAGUGGAGCGACUAUCACAAGUGGAUCGGCAACUCUGGGGAAGAUGCCCAAAUCCUCAGCCAUCGGUGGCAAGUCCAACGCGGGACGGAAGACGAGCUUAGACGGUUCUCAGAACCAGGACGAUGGCGUUCUGCACGUGAACUCGAAGACAACGCUGCAGUAUCGAAGCCUGCCUCGCCCAUCUAAGUCCAGCGGCACUGGGAUCCCAGGCAGAGGUGGGCACCGCUCCAGCACCAGCAGCAUCGACUCCAAUGUCAGCAGCAAGUCUGCGGGCGCUGCUGCCACCAAACUGCGAGAGCCAAGCAAGAUUGGGUCCGGGCGGUCCAGUCCUGUCACCAUCAAUCAGACAGAUAAGGAGAAGGAAAAAGUGGCCGUGUCUGAUUCUGAGAGUGUCUCACUGUCAAGUUCCCCAAAAUCCAGCCCAACUUCAGCAAGCGCCUCUGGCACACCGGGACUUAGGCAGCCAGGAUCCAAAUACCCAGAUAUUGCAUCACCCACAUUUCGAAGGUUGUUUGGUGCCAAGGCAAGUGGUAAAGCUGCCUCUGCACCCAGUACUGAAGGUGUGAAACCCACAUCGGCAAUGCCCAGCCCUAGUACCACCUUGGCACGGCAAGGCAGCCUGGAAUCGCCGUCCUCGGGCACAGGCAGCAUGGGCAGUGCAGGUGGGCAAAGUGGUAGCAGCAGCCCCCUCUUCAGUAAACCUUCGGACUUAAAUGCAGAUGUUGUAAGCUUAAGUCACUCCUUGGCUUCCAGUCCCGCCUCAGUGCACUCUUUCACAUCAGGUGCUCUUGUGUGGGCUGCAAACCUGAGCAGCUCUUCAGCGGGCAGUAAGGACACACCAAGUUACCAGUCCAUGACUAGCCUGCACACCAGUUCCGAGUCUAUUGACCUUCCUCUUAGCCAUCAUGGCUCUCUCUCUGGACUGACAACAAGCACUCAGGAGGUUCAGAGCCUGCUCAUGAGGACGGGAAGCGUCAGAUCUACUCUUUCGGAAAGAUAUACUCCAUCAUCCCGGCAAACAAGUCAGGAAGAAGGCAAGGAGUGGCUACGCUCCCAUUCCACUGGAGGCCUGCAGGACACUGGCAGUCAGUCCCCACUUGUUUCUCCUUCAGCUAUGUCUACAUCUGCGACUGGAAAAUAUCACUUUUCCAACCUGGUGAGUCCAACCAACCUGUCUCAGUUUAACCUUCCCGGACCCAGUAUGAUGCGUUCAAAUAGCAUCCCUGCACAAGAUACUUCUUUUGAUCUGUAUGAUGACUCCCAACUGUGUGGCAGUGCUACAUCCCUAGAAGAGAGACCACGUGCAAUUAGUCAUUCGGGUUCAUUCAGGGACAGCAUGGAAGAAGUACAUGGGUCCUCGUUAUCACUUGUCUCCAGCACAUCGUCUCUCUAUUCUACGGCAGAAGAAAAGGCACAUUCAGAGCAAAUUCAGAAACUACGGAGAGAGCUUGUUGCAUCACAGGAAAAAGUUGCUACUCUUACAUCUCAACUUUCUGCAAAUGCUCACCUAGUAGCAGCUUUUGAAAAAAGCUUGGGAAAUAUGACUGGCCGUUUGCAAAGUCUUACAAUGACAGCUGAGCAAAAGGAAUCUGAGCUUAUAGAGCUACGGGAAACCAUUGAAAUGCUGAAAGCCCAAAAUUCUGCUGCACAAGCUGCUAUUCAAGGAGCUCUGAAUGGACCUGAUCACACCCACAAAGAUUUACGUAUUAGGCGGCAACAUUCUUCAGAAAGUGUUUCCAGCAUCAACAGUGCGACAAGCCACUCCAGCAUUGGCAGUGGUAAUGAUGCUGACUCCAAAAAAAAGAAAAAGAAAAACUGGCUAAGAAGCUCUUUCAAACAGGCCUUUGGAAAGAAGAAGUCCACCAAGCCUCCCUCGUCCCAUUCUGACAUCGAAGAACAAACAGACUCAUCUCUUCCUUCAUCACCCAAAUUGCCCCACAGCUCAGGAGAGUGCGGGGCAACAUCAAUGAAACCGUCACAAUCAGCUUCUGCGAUCUGUGAGUGCACAGAGGCAGAGGCUGAAAUAAUUCUUCAGCUAAAGAGUGAGCUGAGAGAGAAAGAGCUAAAAUUAACGGACAUUCGUCUUGAAGCCCUCAGCUCUGCACAUCAUCUGGAUCAGAUUCGGGAGGCCAUGAACCGCAUGCAGAAUGAAAUUGAGAUAUUGAAAGCUGAAAAUGAUCGUCUGAAGGCAGAGACUGGAAAUACUGGAAAACCUGCCCGGCCAUCAUCAGAGUCUUCAAGUAGCACAUCGUCUUCUUCAUCACGGCAGUCGCUAGGACUUUCUCUGAACAAUUUAAACAUCACUGAAUCUGUUACAUCAGAUAUUUUGUUGGAUGAUGUCACAGAUGGAGCACUCCACAAAGACGGCCAUAGUGUGAAAAUUUUAGUCACUAUAAAUAAGGGUUAUAGUCGAUCCAAGGAUCAAAAGUCGCAUACGUAUCUGAUAGGAUCAAUUGGAGUUAGUGGCAAAACAAAAUGGGACGUUUUAGAUGGUGUAAUCAGACGUCUCUUUAAGGAAUAUAUUUUCCGAGUGGAUCCAGCUGCUAGCUUGGGUUUAAACUCUGACUGCAUUGCUAGCUAUUGUAUAGGGGAUGUAACUAGAGCCCAUAGCCUAGAAGUGCCUGAACUGCUGCCUUGUGGAUAUCUGGUUGGAGAUAAUAACAUCAUCACUGUGAACCUGAAAGGAGUGGAAGAAAACAGUUUGGACAGUUUUGUGUUUGACACAUUAAUUCCUAAGCCAAUUACCCAGCGGUACUUUAAUUUACUGAUGGAGCAUCGCAGAAUUAUUCUUUCGGGACCCAGUGGCACAGGAAAAACCUAUUUAGCUAAUAGGCUGGCUGAAUAUAUUAUAACUAAAUCUGGGAGGAAAAAAACUGAAGAUGCCAUUACAACCUUUAAUGUAGAUCACAAGUCAAGCAAGGAUCUGCGACAAUACCUAGCUAACCUAGCUGAGCAAUGCAGUGCUGACAACAACGGUGCUGACCUCCCUGUGGUCAUAAUUCUGGAUAACCUCCACCAUAUCAGUUCACUAAGUGACAUCUUCAAUGGUUUCCUCAAUUGUAAAUACAAUAAAUGUCCCUAUAUUAUUGGAACUAUGAACCAGGGAGUUUCCUCCUCACCAAAUCUGGAGCUGCAUCACAAUUUCAGGUGGGUGCUGUGUGCUAAUCACACUGAGCCUGUUAAAGGUUUCUUAGGAAGAUACCUGAGAAGGAAACUAAUUGAGACUGAAAUAGAAAAGAACAUACGCAAUAAUGAGCUCAUCAAAAUCAUUGACUGGAUCCCAAAAACAUGGCAUCAUCUCAACAGCUUCCUAGAAACACACAGCUCUUCAGAUGUAACCAUUGGUCCCCGCCUUUUCCUCCCUUGUCCCAUGGAUGUUGACGGCUCCAGAGUGUGGUUCACAGACCUCUGGAACUACUCCUUGGUGCCAUAUCUUCUGGAAGCAGUGAGAGAAGGACUUCAGAUGUAUGGUAAGAGGGCACCCUGGGAAGAUCCCUCCAAGUGGGUAGCUGACACAUAUCCAUGGAGCUCUGCAUCUCUACAGCAUGAGUGGCCAUCGUUACUCCAGUUAAGACCAGAAGAUGUUGGUUAUGAAGGUUAUGCAUCAGCAAAAGAAGGAACAACCUCCAAGCAUGUUCCACAGACUGAUACAGAGGGGGAUCCCUUGAUGAAUAUGCUAAUGAGGCUUCAAGAGGCAGCCAACUUUUCGAGCGCACAAAGCUGUGACAGCGAUAGCACCAGCCACCACGAUGACAUUUUGGAUUCAUCCCUUGAAUCGACUCUCUGAAAUGGACAGCCCUUGGUGGAGGAUUAUGGUAAUAUCUGCUUCCACGAGACCACUGCCAGUAUUAAAGCAGCACGCCGAGGUCCCUGAAUGAGAACGGUGUGUUGUAGAUAGGCAGGAGACCUAACUGCAAAGUCAGGAAGAAAAAUUGAAGUGGAGAGCUUGAAUUAGCUUAAUUUCAAGGCAUUUUGAUACCUAUGGAGCCAAGUGAGACUCCAUUUGUCAACUGGAAGGGGCCCUGGAUCGAGGGCAUCUAAGCAGAUUGCACACGUUAGCCAAACUGGAAUUUUUUUUUCCUUUUUCUCUCUCUCUUUUUCUCUCUCUCUCGCUCUCUCUGCUCUCUCUGCUCUCUCUCUGUCUCUGUUUAUCUGUACAAGUUUACAGUGCAACUUCUUUUGUUCUUUUGUUGUUUUUUUUCCUUUUUUUUUUUUUUUUUUUUCCCUUUCCUUUACCCUGAGGUGCUGCAUACACAAUGCAGUCCUUCUAAUUCUCUUCUAACCUCUGUUGUGCCACGUGGUGCUGGUCACAGGACUGCAGUGGUGUUGGUGUUGUACGCUACUGCCCAUUCCAAAAUGAAUCAAAGAUGAUGAUCAUAACUCAGAAAGCACAAACAGUAUUGUGCAAUCACCAGAAAACAUGACUGUGAUAUGCUGGAUAAGUGCCAAUUUAAUUCUAACUGCCAUGGUCACGGUGAUGCGCUCCAUCAAGUUUUUAGUAUACGAGUCACAGAUUUUAUAAAGUUGUUUUUACCACAAAGGUCUUUUUUAACCACCUGCCCACUCCUUAACAACAGUUUUAUACCAAUUAUUAUCCAACACUGAUUAAAGGCUUCUUAGGGCUUCAUUUGUUUGAGCCUUUUCAGUGAAAGAAGGAACAUUUCUUAUGGUGCUGUCUCACUGCCUUAAAACAGAUUUCUAGAACAGUUUUACAGUUGGUUUAAUUCCUAAACCAUUGGUAAUUUACACUGUUUUUUUCUUCAUUUACUAAUGAGAAACCGUCAGUUAACACAGUAGCCUCAUAUCUGUAUAUCAUGAUUUUUUAAAGAAAUGGAUAGGAGAAAGAACAGUUGCUAUAUAAUAUUUUUAUCUUGUGAAUAGAUUGCUCUGCCUACCCUCAGAAAUACACAAGGAACCCAAACCCACUUCCACUGCCACCUAAACGCUGAGAAAAUCGGCUCAAAUCCAUUUGGUCCCAUGGAAUGGAGUUUUUGGAGGACAGAUGUUUUGAAUUUUUAUCCAGCAGAGCUGGAUGCACUUGAUGCAGCAUGAGCACAAAUAUAUGGUUUUGGUUUUG